AUGAACCCCUCAAACAAAAGAGCAAGAAGUCCCAAUGACAUUUCUUCAUACAUUUAUGACGUUUGCAACUUGGAUUAUUUUACAAGUAAACAGCUCCAGAACCAUAAGCAAAUCCAUAAACAAAAUACUGGCUCAACAUUUUCUGCUAGUUCUUCUACUCACGUUCAUUUGGAAAAUGAAGACUUGUCAUCUCUAGUAGAUGACUAUAUGACAGAAGACAUAUCUUUUGACCUAUUCAAACCAAGAACCUACAAAGCCUCCUGUAAUUUUGAGGCUGGUGAUGAAGGACAUGUAUACAAUGAUAAUAUCUUUACCGAGAAUAUCUUUACUACUUCACCAUUGUUGAGUAUUGAGCUGUAUGAUAUUAUCACUUCAUUCAAUAUAUCUACAGAGUGUCAUUGUCAGCUUGCCAACCUAAUGAACACAGUAUUUUGGGAUCAUGAUAAACUUUCAAAAGAGUAUUCUCCAGAAAUAUUUCAGACUGGACCUGUAAAUACCCUACUAAAGAACAAAGCAGCAAUAAAGACUCACACAUAUGUCAUAUGCGUGAAUGCCUGUAAGUUGUAUAAUAAUACCCAAAACAAAGAAGAAUGCCCUCACUGUGGCAGUAAGAGGUUCAUGGAAGCCACAGAUGAUACCCUCACCCAUUUGGUCUCGGUAAAGACAAUGAAGAUGAUGUUGCUAGGCGAUCAACUGGCUAGACUCUUCGACAACAGUGACACAAGGGAGAAACUCCAUUACAGAGCAAAAAGACAGCUUAUAUCCAGUGAGUUGUCUGAUUACUUUGAUGGAGAAGAGUAUAGGGCCCUCAAAACCCAACACUUUUUUCAGUCUCCUGACGAUGUUGCUGUUGCCUUGUUCUUAGAUGGUUUUGUAAACCAGAAAAAAUCAAAACAGCAAUUGACAAUUGUAUAUGCCAUGAUUUUAAAUUACGAUCCAUUGAUAAGAUAUACCAAUGAAUACCUUAUUCAACUUGCCAUUAUACCCAGAAAGCCUGUAGAUCUUGAUUCUUUCUUGUUACCCAUAAUAGAUGAAGUCAUUAGCUUAGGCAAAUAUGGACUGAUUAUAAAAAAAUUUGACGGUGAAAGGAUUGUAGUAAAAGUCUACAUGGUAAUGACAUCUGGAGACAUUCCUCAAGUUACAAAGUAUUGUCAUCAUAAAGAUCAUAAUUCCAGAUACGGAUGUCACAUAUCUGAAGUAUUAGGUGAAGCCCCCUUAAGAGGUAGAGGCAUGUACUUUAAAAACUGUUGUGUUCCUCUAAGGCCAAUGAUUGACUUUGUUAAUGACAACCCUAAUACUAGCAUUCAAGAGUCUAACAUUAUUGCUCGGCUUCAUACCUUUACUGGGUCUUCAUUCUACAGCCUGGAUGAGAUGCAUUUAAUUGGCUAUGGUAUAGGGAACACACUAGAAAAAUAA